AUUCUUCUAGCCAGUCGGAGUUUGAGCCGAGCUUGUGAUCAAAAGUACUUUGUCGAUUCGGCUUGCCAUUUCGCAAGUAUGUGGACUGAACAUCGCAAUCCCGAGGGAAGAACAUACUGGUUUAAUACUGGCAGUCGUGAAAGUGUCUGGGAGAAGCCAGAUGAUUUGAAGACGCCAUUUGAGAAAGCUCUUGGGGAGACGAAAUGGAAGGAAUACUUCUCGGGAGGCAGGAAGUAUUAUUACAACACCGAAUCCAAAGAAUCAAAAUGGGACAUGCCAGACGAACUCCUCCUGCUCCUCGAAAAAGUCGAGAAAGAGAAGCAAAACAGCCAGCUUGUAGUUGCCGGCUCCAUCCCCACUCCGGCUGCUCCAAUUCCUGCUGCGGUAAUUGCAGCACAGCCUGACGGUACCGUCGCCCUUGCCGGCUCCGCCGCGCUCCCCUUCAGCAGCUCAGGUGUUCUUCCCGCACGUCCGAACCUUCCAGAUGAUCCAGCCAUCCCUCACAACGGUUUUGCCACCUUUGAGGAGGGUGAGAAAGCUUUUAUGCAUCUCUUGCGCAAAGCAGGCGUCGAUGCAGACUGGACGUGGGACCAGACUAUGCGCACCAUCAUCACAGAUCCGUUGUACAAGGCUCUUAACUCCCUAGCUGAGAAGAAAGCAUCUUGGCAGAAGUACACGGAUGGCCUGCGUCAGAAGGAAGAAGAGGAGCGUGAAGCGCGGCUGUCGAAGCUCCGCCCAGCCAUACGUAACAUGCUCAAGGGCAAUCCCAACGUGUUUCAUUACACUACGUUUGCCACUGCCGAUAAACUAUUCUCCCAGCACCCCAUCUGGCAACAAGCUCGUUUCGAAGCUGAGCGAAAGCUCAUAUUUGAUGAGUACGUUGCAGAACUGAAGCAGCGUGAAGUGCAAGAAACCCGUGCUGCGCGUUCGCGCGCGAUCUCCAAAGUCGUAUCUCUUUUCAAAGAACUCGACGUCGACGUUCUUACACGUUGGCGCAAAGCCCACGAAAUGCUGCGCAAACUCCCCACGCUUGACAUCCUCCUUGCAUUCGAGGAUUACUCGCGUGUCAAAGAGCGUGAGUUUGAGGAGCAGAUGCGCCGUGCACAGGUUGAGAAGACGCGCGAGGAGCGCAAAGCCAGAGAGGCGUUUAAGGGACUGCUGCAAGACCUCGUGACGGCUGGAAAAAUCAAGGCGCGCGGCAAAUGGCGUCAUGUGUAUCCGACUUUUGCUUCUGAUCAGCGAUACCUUAAUAUGCUUGGCAAGCCUGGUUCGAAUCCUUUGGAACUUUUCUGGGAUGUCGUGGACACCCUUGACCAGAAGCUUGACGGCAAGAUCGCUAUUGCUGAGGAGUGUGCCAGGCGCGGUGAUGACCCCAAUGCUAUGGACGUAGUGAAAGGCGAUAAGGAGAAAGAAAAUGUGAGCGUGGUGAGCGUGCAGACGACAUUUGAGGAAUUCAAGGCUCGCGUGAGGAGGGACCCCGAUAGCGUAGGCAAGCUCGGGGAGGAUGAUUUACGUGAGGUGUAUGACACGGUCCACGAACAAGUCGUAAAGAAACAGAAUGAAGAGAAACGCCGCGCAGAGAGGAGGCAGAGGCACCUGCAAGAUGAUCUUCGCUACGCGAUGAAGAAACUUCCUGAGCCGCUUGACAUCACGUUGUCCUAUGAAGCUGCUGUUCCCCUCCUUGAGAAUCUCGCCGAGUACAAAGCUUUGGAUGACGACGAGGGCCGACGUGCUGCCUUUUCCAAGUUUGUGAAAAGGCAGAAGGAGCGCUUGCGCGAGGCCGCGUCAGAAGAUGGUGCGUCAACCACAAGUAGACGUCGCAAGGAGCCUGAACGGGAACGGGAGCGUGAUCGCGACCGUCGCGAUGACCGCGACAGAGACAGAGAUCGCGAACGAGACCGUGAGCGGGAGAGAGAUAGAGAUCGGGAUAGGAGCUCCAGACACCACCACCGUGAGGACCACGAUGGGUAUCAUGGGCGUGACAAGGACGCGCAUGGCGAGCGGGACAGGGACCGUGAACGUGAACGUGACAGAGAGAGGGACAGGGACAGGGAACGCGAGCACAAACGCCAUGUGCGAGACGAGCGGGAUGGUAGGGAUGAGCGCAAGCGUAGGAAAGGCUCGAGAGAGCGUGGGUAUGGACGCAGCGAUGCGCCGCCGUACGGGGAUGAUGAGGAGGCUGAGCAUGCAGGGGACAAACCCGAACGGAGCAGGGACGGGAAGCGGGGCUCUGACAGGGCACAUAGCGAACGCGCUGAAAAGCGCGCCCGCUAUGAUCCUGAUAUUGAUUCCCGAUCCCGGAGAGCUGAGACGCCUGAAGAAGGGGAGAUAUAAUACUUUACUGACUUCAGUUUUCUCGCGUAUUAUCAUGAUUAGAGAACA